ACAACGAGUCGAUCAGUGUAACAACAUUUGGCGUUUACAAAGCUAAACUUGAGUGAUAACCAAAACAGAGUGACUAGCUGAUAUUAGCUAAAAAAUUGGAAAUAUUUUUCAAGUGUAGGAAAAAGUAUAAACAAAUUAAAACAACAAAAUGCCUUGCCCAUGUGGAAGCGGUUGCAAAUGCGGUUCGGAGCCUAAGACUGGCAAUUGCGGUUGUGGUGCGGCGUGCAAAUGCUGUCCCUGUGGAAGUGCUUGCAAAUGCGGCUCACAAUCACAAAGUGGCAGCUGCGGUUGCGGCUCAAGCUGCAAAUGUGGCCAGUAGAGGAGUGCAAAUAUCCAAUAACCGUACCUUAUUAUGUUUAAGCUAUAUUACUUUUAAUUUAUUUUCGUAAUUUAAUCUUGUAAUUUUACACAAACAUAUGUACAUAUAAUUAGAAACAUUUGUUUAUACAAACAUUAAUGUAAACCUUGUAUGCUUGAUAUAUAAAUAAGCCUAUCCCAUUUCUUUAUCAAUAAAUAACAAAAUGAAAACAAA